AAUAAUCAAAAACCCAAACCCUUUGCUCUCUCCAUUCAAUUGCUAAUUCCUCUCCCAAACCCUACGGUUCGGUUCCUCAAUCCAUAUCCGAUUAACCCCUGCGGUGCCUCCUUCUUCCAACACCAUGUCGUAUCGACCCACCGGAAACGCCAGGACCGAGGUUCGCCGGAACCGAUACAAGGUAGCCGUCGAUGCCGAAGAAGGUCGCAGACGCCGAGAGGAUACCAUGGUCGAGAUCCGAAAGAACCGUAGGGAAGAGAGCUUGCAGAAGAAGAGGCGCGAGGGCCUUCAAGCUCAGCAGAUACCUGCAUCAGUUCACUCUACUCAAAUAGAGAAGAAGUUGGAACACCUACCAUCCAUGGUUACAGGUGUUUGGAGUGAUGACAAUAACUUGCAGUUUGAGGCCACAACUCAAUUUCGGAAGUUGCUUUCAAUUGAACGUAGCCCACCAAUUGAGGAAGUUAUACAAGCUGGUGUGGUUCCACGCUUUGUUGAGUUCUUGAUGAGGGAAGAUUUUCCACAGCUUCAGUUUGAGGCAGCCUGGGCUUUGACGAAUAUUGCCUCUGGAACAUCUGAAAAUACUAAGGUGGUAAUUGAUCAAGGUGCUGUCCCAAUUUUUGUGAAGCUACUUGGUUCUCCCAGCGAUGAUGUCCGUGAACAGGCUGUGUGGGCAUUAGGAAAUGUUGCUGGAGAUUCUCCCAGAUGUCGUGAUCUUGUACUUAGUAAUGGUGCUUUGCUUCCUCUGUUGGCUCAAUUGAAUGAGCAUGCCAAACUUUCUAUGCUCAGAAAUGCUACCUGGACACUCUCAAACUUCUGCAGGGGGAAACCACAGCCUCCUUUUGAUCAGGUUAAGCCUGCACUUCCUGCUCUUGCCAGUCUUAUUCAUUCAAAUGAUGAAGAAGUUUUGACUGAUGCCUGUUGGGCACUUUCAUAUCUUUCUGAUGGUACAAAUGACAAAAUUCAAGGUGUAAUUGAAGCUGGUGUCUGUAGCCGGCUUGUUGAGCUUCUAUUGCACCCAUCCCCUUCAGUGCUUAUUCCUGCUCUUCGUACAGUUGGAAAUAUUGUUACUGGAGAUGAUGUGCAGACACAGAUUAUCAUCAAUCAUCAAGCUCUUCCUUGUCUUCUGAAUCUGUUGACUAAUACUUUUAAAAAAAGCAUCAAGAAGGAAGCAUGUUGGACCAUAUCAAACAUCACAGCUGGGAAUAAACAGCAGAUUCAGGCUGUAGUUGAGGCUAAUUUAAUUGGUCCUUUAGUCCAUUUGCUUCAAAAUGCUGAGUUUGACAUCAAGAAAGAGGCUGCUUGGGCUAUCUCAAAUGCUACUUCGGGUGGAUCUCAUGAACAAAUCAAGAUUGUGACAGUUUGUCUGGAAGGGCUUGAAAACAUCUUGAAGGUUGGAGAAGCUGAUAAAAAUGUCGGCAAUACUGAUGGUGUGAAUCUAUAUGCCCAAAUGAUUGAUGAUGCUGAGGGGUUGGAGAAAAUUGAGAACCUCCAGAGUCAUGAUAACACUGAGAUUUAUGAAAAGGCCGUGAAGAUUCUUGAGACUUACUGGUUGGAGGAAGAGGAUGAAACUAUUCCUCCAGGGGACGCUUCUCAAUCAGGGUUCAACUUUGGUGGUACUGAGCUUCCUGCUCUGCCUUCUGGUGGAUUCAACUUCAACUAGAAGGUAUUAAUGCUUUACUAAGAUAACAUUGUCUUUUAUUCGGCCUUUUUAUGGUUUGUCUGGAAAUUAUUUAUUGGAACUUGUAAAGAAAGUUUGGCAGUUUGCAUUGUGUUCUUUCCUUUAUUGUGUAGACAUUAUCUUGAAUUUUCUUAACUGCAGGACUUUUUGCUGGUCAAUCAGUUAAGUCCUCCAGUAUGACAGUCCAACAGUUGGGUCAAUUCAAUGUCUUUUCAUUGUUCUUGGGUCUUACAAGGUUCAGCCUUGGUAAAUAGAGGAUUGCUGGACCGGCUUGGGUUUUUGAAAUGGCUGGUUUUACAUACAUCAUGGGGACAGAUGGGUUGUGGCUUGAUUUUCUUGCCACGUUAGAGUUAUAUAUAUACUAGAGUUUGCUUUCUGCCAAGUGAUCAUUCUGAGUGAUUUAGUUUUUAUAGAAUUGUUGUUGUGUUUUGUGAUUUUUUUCUGUCAUAGACUGGGGUCAGUAAGUAGUACCAAUUGUGAUUCUUGGUGUUUUGGCAAAAUACCAAAUUCUACUAUCUUCAUAUUUAUAGUAACGAGAUGGAGUUUUCUUUUACCCUUUCUCUUAUAAACUCUUUCAUUGAAGUUUACCAUGAAGUUUUAGUUGCCAUGUUCACUAGGUCCCGGUUCAGGUUCGACAUAUAAUGUUUACUAAUCCGGUUCAGGUUCGACAUAUAAUGUUUACUAAUCCGGUUCAGGUUCGAUAUAUAAUAUUUACUAAUCAGAUUUGGGAAGAAGUCUUGCAGAUCAAAUAGUGUGCAACAGUUUCUUUAUUCCCAGACAUUAUAUUCAGUUGCUCUUUGGGCUUUUCUCCUCCACUUUAUUCUCUCCCUUGCAUACUAUUAUACGUGCUCAUUUAUUUUUAUUAUUAUUUUUUUUCAUGCGCUCAUUUAUUGUUGUCAGAUUUCCUUUAUUUAGAUUCAGAUUGAACAAUGCGUCUUGUGUCCAACUACUUUGCGGCCUUCAUUAGCCUCCGGUGUUUGAAUGUUGUUGAUGGAAUGUAUAAAAUUAUGAAUGUUUAGUCACGGACUUUUUGCCUUCAAGAAGAAACUUUUCAUGGUUCAAUAUCCAGCACCUGGUACUAUUGUGUCUAGUAUGCUUUAACAAACCAAACAUGUAGAUCCUGGCUUGGACUAUACUCGUCAUUUUUAGGGAAAAGUAGAUUGUUAGUCUGAUUGCCUCACUUCUGAAUGCUGAUAAUAAGAAAAUUGACUUGUACACGAUGAAAGAUAACGUUGAAUUACCUCUUAAGAAAUUACGCUGAUUUAAUAUUGUGAAAUAGCUGAUGUAAACCAUUUGGUUGUAGGAAAUUUGCACCUUCAAAUCUAUGUAAAGUUUAUG